AUGUUGUCGCAGCUUGUCACAGCGGCAAAAGGCAUAUUGUUUGCUGAGCAAAAUACAAAUAACAGCUCUAACAUUGCGACACCGGAACCGGAAAACACCACGACCGCGACAAAUUCGAAGAUGGUUACCACUCGCCGAUCAGCAGCCCAUGUUGCUAUUCCGACAGAAGAUGCUGGACUGAACGGAUCCUUAGAGCCAAAUGGGAAGCGCAAGUCUGAUAAUGCCACAUCAGAGACGCCGGAAGCAAAAGGCAGCAAACGGAGAAAGAGGAGCAGUAUACAAGUCGUGGAGCAAGAAGUAACGCAUGAUAAGGAAGAUGCGAAGGAAGAGGCAGCGCCAAAAAAGCACUUUCGGUUUGACAGCGAAGAACCCGUACUGCCAGAACCUACAGAGGCAGAGGAGCCGAUAGACGUGCAGCAGCAGAAUCAAGACGAGGAGAGCAGCGACGAUGAAGCCCCGGAGACCGUGGAUAACUCUGCGCAAUUAUCUAAAAUCAAAUCAGAGGCCAGGAAGCAGGAAAAGACGCGGCAAAUAGGGGAGCAAGUAAAACGAGAAAAGAGGCGACAAUUGGACGAGGCGCGCAAACGACAAGCUAAAGCUUCAAGUAAACGAAAAGAAAACCCUGCUUUUCAAGCCGCUCCAGGAUCUGGUACCUCAGUCGACGAUGUUGUGUCUGAAAGUUCAGAAACUCUGCAAGGAUCCUAUACACAAGAUUCCCGACGCCCAACGCUUCCCGCUCUCCUCCCAGAUGACAUCCUAAAUGCAGUUCCUGAGGUCCGACCGCCAACGCCUCCCCCGGAAACACAAGCUCUUUCCCAGAAAAAACCAACAAAACUCAGGUUUCUCGAAAAGAAGGAGAAAGCUCCAAAGGAUGUGAGAAUGGGCGAUGUGGCUAUCCGAGUGCUAGACGGUGGUGGUUCACAAAAACAACCAAGCACAGCUCCUCCUCCGAAAGCCUCGAAGACUGGACGCAAUGCGAAGGAAGCAUGGUUGAAACAGGCACGCAGUACUGGACAUGUUAACGGCAUGAGGAUGGCCAGCAGCGGCUCAAAGGGCUUUGUGCGCAAAUAA